GCUUCGGCUCCCGAAAAGACGAGAGAGAAAAAGUACUUUCAAACGACUGAAAACUCAGCUUCUGAAAGGGCUAUGGAAACCAAACAACAAAACAAGCGAUUUCCUCUUUUUGAACGAUAUUGGAGCUAUCGGACCCGACCGGGUUUCGGAGACAAAGUGUAGCGUGACCACAAAAUCCGAUAAGUCGACCCGUAAAUUUUAAUGCCAACAAAGUAUUUUUUUGAAGAACCAAACAACGUCUCUGAACCGGACAAGAAGGGAUGUUUGACCUCAAAGAGUCAACCAGCAGCCAGAGGAAGGCCAACCCAGCCAAGCAAGAGCCAAACACGAUGUGAGCGGCAACAAGACUGUUCCACCUUUUCCAGAGGGGACAGAGAUGGCCGUAUUCGGUAUGGGCUGUUUCUGGGGAGCGGAGAGGAAGUUUUGGAAACAAAAAGGGGUUUAUUCCACCCAAGUGGGCUACGCGGGAGGAUACACACCUAACCCCACCUACAAUGAAGUCUGCACAGCUAGGACAGGUCACGCCGAGGUGGUGAGAGUCGUCUUCCAUCCAGAGAAGAUCAGCUUCGCCAGCCUGCUCAAAGUUUUCUGGGAAAGCCACAACCCGACUCAAGGGAUGCGACAGGGGAAUGAUACUGGGACAGAAUACCGCUCAGCCAUCUACGUCGACACAAAGCAGCAGCUGGAGGAAGCGUUGGCCUCCAAAGAUCAAUACCAGAAGGUACUUACAGAGGAAGGUUUUGGUGCGAUUACAACAGAAAUAGCCGACGCCAAGCCUUUCUACUACGCCGAGGACUACCACCAGCAGUACCUGAAUAAAAACCCUGAUGGGUACUGUGGUCUGGGAGGGACAGGAGUCUCCUGUCCAAUAGGAAUCAAGGCCAAGGUCUAAAUAGCCAAUGACGGCCAAGAACCAUCGACUUCAGUAAGGUUGCAAUGAUGGAGUGAGUUUUAAAAUGCUUCCAGAAUCCAGAAGCUUUGCGUUUUUAUUUAUACAGUCUAAACAUCAAGUUUUUGUAUCUUUUCUGCAUUAAGGAACAUCAGGCUGAAAUCUUACACUUGUCAAAGUCACUAUUUCUCAGAGUUAAGAGACAUUUCUCAUGAGCCCAACAUGCUCCAUCUCGCUGGAAAGAAACUGUGAUUGUCAGAAGCUGUAGCUCAGUUUGUGCUGAAAGAAUAACACUGCAGAUUUCAGCCUGAUGUAAUCCAACGACACGUGACAGAAACUGCAGUGUGGACGCUGAUAAAGGCUGCCAGUCUUCUCAGCUCUUUGCUAUUAGUAAACAUACCAAGGCCUCAAUAUCUAUGCAUAUUACGUGUAUUGUAGCACUUUUCUGAAUGCCUUACACAAAAUAUACUCCUGUAUACAUGCAGUACAAUUUGUUAGAUAUAUGUACGUGUAUAUAAUCUAAUGAAAUCUGGUGAAAAGAGUGGUGAACUCCUACACAAAAUGUGAUCAUGAAGGCAUCUCAUUUAGUGCGUUUGAGUUCACAUUUCACUGUUUUUAAUACAUGACUGUUUUCAAUUAAACUGCAGAUAAAAGUCAUGUUGUUUAUGCUCAGGUUGCUUUAUAUAUGAUUAUUAUUUAAGUUCAACUUUGAAACUACUACAGUUUGCUUUUUUUAGAAGUCUGUAGAGGAAUAAAACAUAUUAUUAAAAGCUUCUGAAACCAGA